ACUGUUAAAGCAUGAUUCCUCCAGGCACAAGCUGUUAUUUGGCAUGAUGGGUUUUUUUUUCCUUUUUUCACAAGCUCACGAGAAACAUCCUGCGUGGAUGGCAGCAUGCGGAAAUGAAUGGAGUGCGCGUGUUUCAUGGGAAUUUUGGUGGCAAUGAAGAAAGGUGUCUGUUUCACACCUGUGUUGAAUAUUCAUGAAUUGUUUUUUGUUUGUUUGUUUGUUUUGUUUUAUUUAUGGGGGUGGGAGGUGUCUUGGGUUCUUAGGGGUUAAAAAAGGCCAUUUAGCUACAGACAGUAAGGCGGUCAGCUUUUUGACAACUAGAUGACAGAACGUCGAUAAGAAGGUCAAAGCGCCAACCCCUCUCUUCAUUAAUAAGGUUAACACGCUGCAUCUCUUCCCGGUCGGGUGAUCAGCUGACUGGAGGACUGGUGGUGGCCACCUUUUGUGGUAGGUCCUGCAGCUCGCCCAGGGGAGGAGAAGGGGGAGGAGUAGGAGGAGGUGUUGAUGGUGGUGCAGUAGAAGCAGCAACAGCAGGAGGGAGGAGGAGUGUAUCCAACGCUCCCGGGGAGAGAACGGAGCGCAGGAAUGGGCUGACUGACCGGGGAUCCGCCGUGUGCUUUCGUUGUCUUCAGUGAUGGAUGAGCCGAAUAUCCUGAGACGCCGCGGUCUACAGAAAGAACUGAGUCUUCCUCGUAGGGGAAAUCUUUCCCGUAACAACAAGAGAAGGAGUUUGGCGGUCGGGACCCCAUCGCCCACGCUGUCACGACCGCUUUCACCUCUCCCACUCGCCACAGCUGGUAGCAGUCCUUCAGAAAGCCCCAGAAAUGUCUCUGCUAGCUCUUCUGCCAAUUUCCAGUUUGCCCGCAGUCAACUGGCCCGGACUGAAAGCAGGGCAGACGGGCGAAGGUGGUCGGUGGCAUCUGUUCCCUCCUCUGGAUACUGCACAAACGCACCAAGUUCAUCAGUAUCUUCCUCUUCUUCACAGGAGUUGUUGCACCAGUUGCCCUUUCAGCCCACGCAAGAGGAUCUUCACUUCCUCUUCAAACAUUUUCCGAGCCCAGAAAGUGUGGCAGAUGAAGAAGGAGCCCACCCCAUGCCCCCUGUCAGGGUCCGCUCACGCAGUCUCAGCCCUGGACGGACCUGUGGGGUGUUUGACAAUGAGAUUGUCAUGAUGAAUCACGUCUAUAAAGAACGUUUCCCUAAGGCGACGGCCCAGAUGGAGGGUCGGCUGCUCGACAUCAUUGCAGAGUGUUCCCCGGACACCGCUCUGCCCCUGGCUGAUGGUGUGCUUGGAUUCAUUCAGCACCAGCUGGUGGAGCUCGCCAGAGACUGUCUGGACAAGUCCCAGAAUGGCCUGGUGACCUCCAGGUACUUCAUGGAGCUGCAGGAGAAAUUGGAGAAGCUGUUGCAUGAGGCGUAUGAGCGCUCAGAGAGCGAGGAGGUGACCAUCAUCACCAAACUGGUCAAGAAGAUUCUCAUCAUCAUCUCCAGGCCUGCCAGGCUGUUGGAGUGUCUGGAGUUUGAUCCAGAGGAGUUUUACCAACGUUUGGAGGCUGCAGAGGGUCAAGCCAAAGUAGGACAAGGCAUCAAAACUGAUAUUCCCAGAUACAUAAUCAGCCAGCUGGGCCUUACCAGAGACCCCCUGGAAGAGAUGGUUCAUUUGGAGCAUACUAGCCCGAUUCACAGAUCAGCGAGCAGAGAGUCUGAUGACACUGGAGAGGCAACAUCUGCACAGAGCCGUGCAGCCUGCACCCCUCCUCGUAGGAAACCACUGGAAAGCGACUUUGAGACUAUAAAGCUCAUUAGCAACGGCGCCUAUGGGGCCGUAUUUCUGGUGCGCCACAAAGACACUCGUCAGCGUUUUGCUAUGAAGAAGAUCUACAGGCAGAAUCUGAUCCUUAGAAAUCAAAUCCAACAGGUGUUCGUAGAGCGAGACAUCCUCACCUUUGCUGAAAACCCAUUUGUGGUUUCCAUGUUCUGCUCUUUUGAGACACGGAGGCACCUGUGCAUGGUUAUGGAAUAUGUGGAAGGUGGAGAUUGUGCCAAUCUGUUGAAGAAUAUCGGUGGGCCUCUGCCUGUGGACAUGGCCAGGAUGUAUUUUGCUGAGACUGUCUUGGCUUUAGAGUACCUUCACAACUACGGCAUUGUACACAGAGACCUCAAACCUGACAAUUUGCUGAUCACCUCCAUGGGACAUAUUAAACUGACAGACUUUGGACUUUCAAAGAUUGGCCUAAUGAACAUGACAACCAACUUGUAUGAAGGACACAUUGAAAAGGAUACCAGAGAAUUCAUUGACAAGCAGGUGUGUGGUACUCCAGAAUAUAUCGCUCCAGAGGUGAUCCUGAGGCAGGGCUAUGGGAAGCCUGUGGACUGGUGGGCCAUGGGGAUCAUCCUUUAUGAGUUCCUAGUGGGCUGUGUGCCUUUCUUUGGAGACACACCAGAGCAGCUCUUUGGUCAAGUGGUUAAUGAUGAUAUUAUCUGGCCGGAUGGAGAGGAUGCCCUGCCAGCUGAUGCUCAGGACCUUAUCACCAGACUUUUGAGGCAGAACCCUCUGGAGCGCCUGGGAACAGGUGGGGCCACUGAGGUAAAGAUGCACAAUUUCUUCCUUGGCCUGGACUGGAAUGGUCUCCUGAGGCAGAAAGCUGAAUUCAUCCCACAGUUAGAGAGCGAGGAGGACACCAGCUACUUUGACACCCGAUCAGAGCGAUACUGUCAUCUGGGCUCAGAUGACGAUGAAACAAAUGAUGAUGAAUCAUCUCUGGAGCUACGACAGUUCUCCUCUGUAGCCCACCGCUUCAGCAAGGUGUACAGCAGCACAGAGCACCUGUCCACCUCCACUCCAUCCAACCUGAGCCUGUCGUCAUCAGACCGAAGCCACAGCGAGGAGAAGGAGGACCGAUGGGAGGGCAGGGGAGUCCUUUCCCCUGGUGACGGACACAAACAUUUGGCGAGUGCAGACAAGAGGGCAGAUGGACACAGGGGGAGUCUCCGUCCACGUGCGUCAUCCAGCUCCUCACAGUCGGAACGCAGCACCAGCCCACUGGUAAUGAACAACACCCAGAGCUUUGACAUCAUGCCUCGAGUUGCCAUCCCUGCUGAUGAGGAGGAUGGGAUGGUUUCCAACCUGCGCCGCAUCCGUCUCCGGAGCAACAGCACAGGUACGAGGCCAUCCUUCAGGAGGGGGGCAUCUCGACGCAUCGCACAUCAGUUAGAGACCCCAGAGAAACCCAGGUCCCCCUCUGGAAAAGUCCCCAAGUCUGCAUCAGUCUCUGGCCUUUCACUCAUCAUUACCCCAGAUGACUCAGGAGGUCCUCCUACGAGCCCCAAAUCUUCUUUGUCCUUAUCAUCCAACCCCUCGUCCAGAGACUCGUCUCCCAGCCGCGAUCUGUCCGUCAAUGUCAGCUGCCUCAGGCCUCCGGUGGUUAUCCACAGCUCUGGGAAAAGGUUUGGGUUUGCGCUGCGAGCCAUCAGAGUCUACAUGGGAGACAGUGACGUCUACACCGUUCAUCACAUGGUCUGGUGCGUUGAGGAGGGCAGUCCUGCACACGAGGCAGGAUUGAGGGCAGGUGACCUCAUCACUCACGUCAACGGAGAGUCAGUCCAGGGUCUCGUACACACUGAGGUGGUGGAGCUUUUGCUUAAGAGUGGCAACAAGGUGACCCUCCAAACCACUGCUCUGGAGAACACGUCUAUCAAGGUUGGACCUGCUAGAAAAGCGAGCUACAAAGCCAAGAUGGCCCGGCGGAGCAAAAAGAGCAAGAGGAAGGACGGACAAGACAGCAGACGACGCAGCAUCUUGAAGAAGCUGUCUAAGCAUACACCGCCUCCACCCAUGCAGAGCAGUCGUAGCUUCUCUUCGGGGUUCCACCAAUCCUCUAGUGACAGCCUCUCUGGCUCACCAACACAAAGCCUCUCUCCUGGGCCUUCAACACCUUGUCGCUCCCCAGCCCCUGACCACUCUGGAGAUUCAAGUUCUUCUCCUUGCUCCAGCUCACCAAACUCGCCCGUACCGCAGGCUCGUCCCAGUUCUCUUCACGUCUUGGGUCGCUACACAAAAGCUGGUCGUUGCAAGUCCACCAGCAGCAUCCCUCCUUCGCCUCUGGCCUGUAUCCCACCACCCCAAUCUCUUUCUCCUCAAUGCUCGCCAUCUAGUCUCCCAAGUCACCCCAAGUCCCUGCACAGUUUUCACGGCAAGACUUUGUCACCUCCUACAAUCGCUCGUCAUUCUGUGCGUCCUCGCAGCGCAGAACCGCCGCGCUCACCGCUGCUCAAGAGAGUUCAGUCAGCAGAGAAACUGACUGGUGACAAGAUGACUGGGGGUUACCACGGAGAUAGGAAGGCUUACAGCACCCGACGUCACACUAUGGAGGUGCCCUUGUCUGAGGGAGAGGGGCUGGAGGACCUAGAGGGAGACAAAGCUACAGGGUUUGUUUGCGUAGGCGAGCACGGCCGCCAGGGCCUACACAUUGGAGGGCAGAGAGGCCACCAGGACACAGCCAGCGGAGGCAGCGAUCACCACCGCUCUGCUGCCUUGCCACAACACCGCAGCACCAACAACCACUCAAAGGAGAUGGUGGUGAUGAGGAAGCUGGCUCUAUCAGAGCGCAGAGACUCCUUCAAGAAACAGGAGGCGGUCCAGGAAGUGAACUUUGACGACUUGGAGGAGGCGGCUCUAAGCCCCACGCUUCCUGUCACACAGUCAAAGGCGUUCAAGGCAUCCUGGAUCAACUCGUCACAGUCGGAACCCAGCGGCAAGCUGGGAUCACAGGGUACCACACCGCAGAAAACCAAGUCAAAAGACAAAGAAGGGCGUUAGUUGUUCAGUUCUAUUUUGCAGGGAUCACAGGUCACAGAAGAUGAGGCUUUGACCUGCUAUCGUACUUGCAUUUAAAGGCCUUGCAUGUGUCCAGAAAACUGUGACCAAGUCCCACAUCAUCACAGAAACAAAGAGUCUGCAUUUCUCAGUACCACACGCAUCCUCCUACACUGUUAACAGAUUAAUGACUGCCAAACGAAGUUUACUUCAGAGUUGCUCAAUUUCUCUCUCGGUUCUCAAAUCACUGUGGCGCCUCUAACGGAUGUAAUUGUAAAUAUUUGUUGUUUUUAAACGAAGAAACUUAUUUAUGACUUUUUAAUGA